GGCCAUUUUGUGGCAGUGUCCGCUGUCGCGGCCGCGUUGCUUUCUCUCUCCCCGUUUGCGUGGCAGAGCCGGUGCGAGGGGCGGCCCCGUAGAUGGCCAGCUUUCCCCUGGAUGUCAACGAGAAGCUCAUCGCAAGGUCCCGUACUAUAGGAGAACUCUUGGCUCCCACGUCUCCUUUCGACAAGAAGUGCGGACGUGAGAACUGGACUGUUGCCUUUGCUCCCGAUGGCUCUUACUUUGCUUGGUCGCAAGGACAUCGCAUAGUCAAGCUGGUUCCCUGGUCUCAAUGCCUUAAUAACUUCUUGCUGCACGGCACAAAGAAUGUUGCAAAUUCAGUCAACUCAAGGCUUUCAAGACAGAACAGUGAUAGCGGGCAGAAGAGUAAGCCCUGUGAGCAUAUAAUAGACUGCGGUGAUAUAGUUUGGAGUCUUGCUUUUGGGUCUUCUGUACCUGAAAAACAGAGUCGCUGUGUGAAUAUAGAAUGGCAUCGAUUCAAAUUUGGGCAAGAUCAGCUUCUGCUCGCAACAGGCUUGAACAAUGGGCGCAUCAAAAUAUGGGAUGUAUACACAGGAAAACUCCUCCUUAACCUGAUGGACCAUACUGAAGUGGUCCGAGAUUUAACCUUCGCCCCAGAUGGCAGCCUGAUUUUAGUGUCGGCAUCAAGAGACAAAACACUAAGAGUGUGGGACUUGAAAGAUGAUGGAAAUAUGAUGAAGGUAUUAAGAGGGCACCAGAACUGGGUCUAUGCCUGUGCUUUUUCUCCAGACUCUUCCAUCCUUUGUUCUGUUGGAGCCAGUAAAGCUGUUUUCCUUUGGGAUAUGGAUAAAUAUUCCAUGAUUCGAAAACUAGAAGGACAUCACAAUGAUGUUGUAGCCUGUGAGUUUUCUCCUGAUGGAGCUUUACUGGCUACUGCAUCUUACGAUACUCGAGUUUAUGUUUGGGAUCCACAUAUUGGAGCUAUUCUAAUGGAGUUUGGGCAUCUGUUUCCCCCUCCUACACCAAUAUUUGCUGGGGGAGCAAAUGACCGAUGGGUGAGAUCAGUAACUUUCAGUCAUGAUGGACUGCAUAUUGCAAGCCUUGCAGAUGAUAAAAUGGUGAGGUUCUGGAGAAUUGAUGAAGAGUAUCCUGUACAAGUUGCACCUUUGAACAAUGGGCUCUGCUGUGCCUUUUCUACUGAUGGCAGCGUUCUAGCUGCCGGGACGCAGGAUGGAAGCGUGUACUUCUGGGCAACUCCAAAACAUGUUCCCAGUCUCCAACACUUGUGUCGCAUGGCAAUUCGAAGAGUGAUGCCUACUAGCCAAGUGAAGAACUUGCCUAUCCCUUUGAAAGUGGUGGAGUUUCUUUCCUACCAGGCUUAAAACGAAACUUGCAAGUGACUGGGCUUCUGAAGCUGGCUAAAACAUUCUUUAAAGAAACCUCAAACUUUACAGCCUUCAAGCCUAAAACUGUACAGGUUUUCAAGUUAUAUUUAAAUUUCAGACAUCUAAAAAAAACCAACUUGUAAUGCAUUUUGACAAUGUGGAGCUUUUAAUAUUAUUUAUAGAAAUAUACAGUAGAAGUAUUCCUGAAGUUCUCAGACAAUUUUUUUAAUCUAACUGUGAAAAUAUGUACAUACAUAGAUGUAAGCUGCUAUGUGUUCAUCAGUGUACCUUUUUUAAUUGCUUGACUGAUUUUUAUUUUAUUUUUUUUAGUAUGUAUCAUGUAUAUAUUGCUUCUGUAGAGCCAUCUGAUGCUGCAUCAGUGCUGUAGAGUGGAAGGACAGCUUUUAUUCUGAGACACUGAGUUAGACAAAUAUUGACUUAAGAAAGCUUAAUGGCUUUGUACACAUGUUUGUUGAUUUGGAGUUCAGGAAACUGAUCCCCAGAUGCAAAUUUGUUAGUUAAUGGAGAGGUACAGCUUAGUUUUCUACAGACUUCAGUGGCAAAGGGAAGUAGGUUGUGUGAGGGAUGGGUUUGAAUCUAAAUCCCAGAACUUUACUAGUUUGUCAUCUAGGGAAGGCCUUGACUUCUACAGCAACAACAAAGUUACUUUAGAAACCUGGGUGUGAUGGCUUUAAGAACAUCUAAAAUUUCUCAAGUUAACUACUGUACUGUUGCCUGGGUAUCUUGUCUGUAAAUGUGAGAAGAUUUUACAGACUUGGUUUAUUCUGUGACCCUAUAAUAUCUCUUCAGGGGGUGAUAUUGGUUAAUGGCCAAAGAUAAGCAAAACAUUUGCUUUUGCCUUCUGUUAUUUAUCUGUACCUGCAGAUAUAAAGAAUGUAUGCAUUGCAUAAAAUGCCUGACUAUAUAUAUAUAUUUUUGUUGAACUUUUUUUUAUUAAAAAUAAAAAUCUCUCUUCUGAAAA